AUGAUAGUCUUCUUCUACCUCGCCUCUCUGAACCUCUGCUGCAGUCUGGAGGUCUGGAGUACAGGUGAGUCCUUGCUGAUGGAGCCUCAGGCCGCGGUGUUACCAUGGAAACACUGCAUCCACCUGACUCUGAUGCUGGUCCAGCUGAGUUUACCUGAAGUCGGAGCUUCCUGUCGGAUCCUGAGAUGUAACUCUGACUUUGUGGCUGCGACGUUGGACCUGGGAGGAGGAGAAGCAGGAGGAGGAGCAACAGGAGCAGGAGGAGGAGCAACAGCAGCAGGAGGAGGAGCAACAGCAGCAGGUGCAGGAGGUUACUGCAGCGCCCUGCGCUCCUACGCCAUGUGCACCAGGCGGAUGGCGCGGGCGUGCCGCGGCGACCUGGCGUAUCACUCCGCGGUUCAGGGCAUCGAGGACCUGCUGAUCCAGCACCGCUGCCCGCGGGCCGGGCCCACCGCCCUGCCGCGGCCCCCGCCUCAGGGCACGCUGUCGGGGGACGCCUGCCACUACGAGAGGAGCCUCUUCUCCAGAGAGGGCCGGGCGCCGGAGUACCUGCACUGCGGCGUGUUCGGGGACCCGCACGUCCGGACCUUCGGCGACCGCUUCCAGACAUGUGCCGUGCAGGGGGCGUGGCCUCUCAUAGACAACGAGUACCUGUAUGUGCAGGCCACCAGCGCGCCGGCACGAGGUGGGUCGCAUACCACCGCGCUCACCAAGAUCACCAUCAUCUUUAAGAACUGGCGCCAGUGCAUCGACCAACAGCUUUACCAGGCGGAGCUCGACGAUGUCCCCGCCGCGUUUGCCGACGGCUCGGUGGCGAGCAGCGAGCGGCGAGGUCACCGCAGCCUGACGGUCCGGACUCAAAGCCCCGGCCGACACGCAGAGAUCCGGGCGUCGCACAUCGGCACGCUCCUGGUGGUCCGUCAGAGCGGGCGCUCGCUCGGCCUGUCGGUCCGCUCGCCGCGCGGCGUGGUGGAAACCUUCGGGCCCGAGCAGGACCUGCAGCUGUGUGUGUGGGGAUGCCCCGCCUCCCAGACACUCGACACGCUCCGCCCACCGCCGCCGGACUCCUCCUACUCCGCUGCCGGCGCGCAGGCCCACUGCGUUGCGCUGCUUCCCGUCAGAGACGUCUACUUCCAGGCCUGCAUGUUCGACCUGAUCGCCAGCGGAGACCUGAACUCCAGCGCCGCGGCCGUCAGCGCGCUGCAGGACGCCAGGAACAUGAUCCCUGACGCGCGCAGAGUCCACCUGCCGCCGGUCGCCGGCGCUGAGCCACGCCGAGCACCACGGUGCCCGAUGCUGCUGUUGCUGCUCGGCAUGCUGGGAACUCUGACCGCAGAGCUGUGUAACAUGUGA